UCAGGAUCCCUUUUCAAUUUGUUUAUUCUCCAAACCCAAAGGGCCUCGUCUCCGUGCGUGUUUUGAGGAGAGAGAAAUCACAAGAUAAUUGUACUCUACUUUAUAAGCUAUACCUACUACUACUACCAUCGCUACGACAUUUACAAAGCACUCUCGGCGUCUCUUAUCCAAAACCCCCCCUCUCCCAACGCUAAACCCUAGCAUCGAAGCUCACCCUCACUUCCGCCGUUUCUUGAGUCUUGAGGGGUAAAUGGCAUCAACUUUCACUGCUAUGUCUUCAGUUGGCCCCUUGGCUUCUCCUAGCUGUCGCGCUAUGGAUAAGAAAUUUGUUCCAUCUUCCGACAAGUUGUCAUCUUCGGCUUCCUUUUCUCCAUUCACUAUAGCUAGGAGGCAGAGUGUGAUGUCACGAAGAAAUCGAUCUCCCUUGAUCUUUGCAAUGGCAAAGGAAUUGCAUUUCAACAAGGACGGCUCGGCUAUUAAGAAACUGCAAACUGGUGUGAACAAGCUUGCGGAUCUAGUUGGGGUUACUCUUGGUCCAAAAGGCAGGAAUGUUGUUUUAGAAAGCAAGUAUGGCUCCCCAAAAAUUGUUAAUGAUGGUGUUACAGUGGCAAAAGAGGUUGAGUUGGAAGAUCCAGUUGAGAACAUCGGUGCUAAGUUGGUGAGACAAGCGGCUGCCAAGACCAAUGAUUUGGCUGGUGAUGGAACAACAACUUCUGUGGUUCUUGCACAAGGUCUUAUUGCCGAGGGUGUUAAGGUGGUAGCAGCUGGUGCAAACCCGGUCUUAAUUACUCGAGGUAUUGAGAAGACUACGAAAGCUCUAGUGUCUGAGCUUAAGUCGAUCUCAAAAGAGGUUGAAGACAGUGAGCUGGCUGAUGUGGCAGCAGUUAGUGCUGGAAACAACUAUGAAGUAGGAAACAUGAUAGCUGAAGCCAUGAGUAAGGUGGGUCGCAAGGGUGUGGUGACUCUAGAAGAGGGAAAAAGUGCCGAGAACAGCCUGUAUGUUGUUGAAGGAAUGCAAUUUGACCGCGGUUACAUCUCGCCUUACUUUGUUACUGAUAGUGAGAAAAUGGCUGUUGAAUUUGAAAAUUGCAAGUUGCUUCUUGUUGAUAAGAAAAUAACAAAUGCAAGGGAUCUUAUUAACGUUUUGGAGGAUGCUAUCAGAGGUGGAUACCCGAUUGUGAUAAUUGCUGAAGACAUUGAGCAAGAAGCUCUAGCAACUCUGGUUGUGAACAAGCUUAGAGGGGCUCUGAAGAUUGCUGCACUCAAAGCCCCUGGAUUUGGAGAGCGAAAAAGCCAGUACCUUGAUGACAUUGCCAUUCUCACUGGAGGAACUGUAAUCAGAGAUGAGGUGGGGCUUACCUUAGACAAAGCUGACAAGGAGGUGCUUGGCCAGGCUUCAAAGGUGGUGCUUACCAAGGAUAUUACCACAAUUGUUGGUGAUGGAAGCACACAAGAAGCUGUAAACAAGAGAGUUGCACAGAUUAGAAAUCUUAUUGAGGCGGCAGAACAAGACUAUGAGAAGGAAAAACUGAAUGAAAGGAUUGCAAAAUUGUCAGGUGGUGUUGCUGUGAUUCAGGUUGGUGCACAAACGGAGACAGAGCUUAAAGAGAAGAAACUGAGAGUUGAAGAUGCUCUUAACGCAACCAAGGCUGCUGUUGAGGAAGGUAUUGUAGUCGGUGGUGGAUGCACUUUGCUGAGACUUGCGUCGAAGGUGGAUGCUAUCAAGGACAGCCUUGACAAUGAUGAAGAAAAGGUUGGAGCAGAUAUUGUCAAAAGAGCUUUGAGCUACCCAUUGAAAUUGAUUGCCAAGAAUGCUGGUGUUAAUGGAAGUGUGGUCAGUGAGAAGGUGCUAUCCAGUGACAAUCCUAAGUAUGGAUAUAAUGCUGCGACCGGAAAAUAUGAAGAUUUAAUGGCUGCUGGUAUAAUUGAUCCAACUAAGGUGGUCAGAUGUUGCCUUGAGCAUGCAGCCUCCGUAGCAAAAACGUUCUUGAUGUCAGAUUGCGUAGUUGUUGAAAUCAAGGAGCCCGAAUCAGUGCCUGCUGGCAAUCCCAUGGACAAUUCAGGAUAUGGCUACUAAGGUUGAUUGACGGCAGAGCUUUACAAACGAAAGCAGGAGAUGCGAGAGAGGGGCAGGGGUGUGGAAAAAACCCCAUGCAGUAGCAAAAUUGUCGCAAAGGCCUGGCACAUAAAUCAACUCUGUUAGUUUAAUAACUAGAUCUGAAUUUUUGUAUUAUGUCCCAGCAAAAGACGUAAAAUUGUGGUGAGGAGGUUAGGCUGCUGGAGUAGAGCAUGUUUUCAAGGCUUAUAAGACGCAUGUACGACGUUGGGUCUAUAAUGCUUUUUAGCUUUUUGGGACU